AAUAACCCAAAGAAAAAGUUGCACUUUUGACCAUCUUCUUCCUUUUCUACCUACAAAAGCUCACAUUCCCUCCUUUCUUGCCUUGAGAAAUCCUAAAACAAAACCCUAAUAAAAACCUAAAAAUCCCUUAAUUUUUUUGUGAAGCAUUUCACUGUACCUUACCCAACUUACCCACAUUUUCUCUUACUAUCCUUUUUCUAAAAUUCAAUAACACAAAAUUUUAUUUUUCCCACUAUCACUUAUUUAGCUUUAAUUUAGUUUUUGAUCAAAAUCCAAUCUUUUUCUUACCCACGUCAUGAUCAUUGAUUCUUGUCAUUGCCCAAUUCAAUUUUUAUCAUCAGGAUAAUGUAUGAUUGAUAAAUUUCACAUUUUGAUGUACAUGUUGAGGGGUAUUUUUUGAUGAGAAGUUCAAUAAUUGACCCCCUUGUAAACGGGAGUUGAUAGAUGGAUGGCAGUGGAGAGGCAGUGGAUGAUCAGGGUUCAGGAUGGUUUCAAGUGAAAAAGAAGCAUAGAAGUGGUGCAAAGUUUUCCAUACAAGGUUGGUCUAGGGGACUUUUGGGGAAGAAUGGUUCUAAUAUCACCAGUGAAAAAAAUGGGAAAGUUAAGAAUAAAACCCAAAUUCCAAAGAAAGGAGUAAACUUGUCUGUACACGGCCAAGGCAGUGUUGUUAGCUCUGUUUCAUUGGAUAUUGAAGUUGGAAAUGAUGCGUCCUGCUCUAAUAAAUCAGUGAUUAAACAAGAUACUAAAGACGAUGAAUCUCCAAAGUUGUCACAAUUGUUGGUUGCUAAUUCCAGUCCUAGAGCUGGAGAUGCUAAAAUUCUUUUAGAUGUGGUUCCUAAAAUUAAAUGGGGUGAUCUAGAGGAUGAUGUUUUGAUAAGGCAUCAUGAAAACACUUCACAAGGUGUUGCCAAAUGCAGCGGUACUGGAGGUAACUAUUUGGUGGCUACGAUGCAUGAUAACAAUUGUCAUCUGCACACGGAUUCUUCUUCUCUUACUGACUUAGAACAAAAUAAAUUGAGUGCAGAACCUGCAGAUGAUACAUCUCAUUAUGAAACUAUCUCAGUGACUAACAAGGAAGAUAUGAUUGAAGCAACUUGUAAAGAGGGGAGUGGAAGCUCUUCAAAUCAUACGGAAGUACCAAAUUCAAAUGGAAAAAUUAGUGUUCCAAAUGAUGUUGGAGACUGCAAGAAUGUCGAUAAUGAAUCUUUUAAAACGACAGACAAUCACUUGAGUUCUACAUGUCGCUCGGGUGAGGCUGAGGUAGUGUUGAAAAUUCAGAUGCCUGUUGUUCUAUCUGAGGUAAAUGAUUCUGAUAUUCCAAACGUACCUAAUAAGAUUAGAAAUUCAGCAAUGAUUUUACAGGAGAGUGAGUCGGAGCUUACAGAAAAUGGCGAGCCUGAAAUUUCCACGGAGGCUGAUAUAGUGGUGAAACUUCAGAUGCCUGUCAUAUCUGCAGAAAAUGAGUCAAAACCCUCCGAAUUACAAAUCACAAAUGGGAAUUGUGGCAGUGUGGUGAUUCCCUUGGAUAGUGAAUCAGUUUGUCUUGAAAAUACUGAUUCUGAAAUCUCCAGCGAUGCAGGAACAGUGGUAAAGAUUCAGUUACCUGUUAUAUCUGAGGUAAAUGAGCCACAAAUCUCUGAAGUUUCUGUCAGAAAUAGGAAAUCCAGCCCGGCAUUAGUUGCCCGGGAUAGGAAGUCACUUGCAAGGGAGAAGUAUGGAUCUGAAAUAUUAGGACAAUCUACCAAAAUAGCUCUUGUUGAAGGCUGCAGCAAUCCACCUGAUACAGCAGUAAAUAAUGAGCUGUUGAAGGCCCACACUGUAAGCCCCUUCGAAGAUGGUGGCACAAAUGAAAGCAAAGAAAGGUUUAGGGAACGGCUCUGGUGCUUUCUGUUUGAGAAUCUUAACAGGGCUGUUGAUGAACUUUACCUCCUUUGCGAGCUAGAAUGUGAUGUAGACCAAAUGAAAGAGGCUAUACUUGUUCUUGAGGAGGCAGCAUCUGAUUUUAAAGAUCUGACUACUCGAGUUCAGGAGUUUGAGAAUGUGAAAAGAUCCUCUUCUCAAUCAAUUGAUGGGAUCCGAACUCCUUUGAAGUCUGACCAUCGUAGGCCACAUGCUCUUUCAUGGGAGGUUCGAAGAAUGACUACUUCACCUCAUAGAGCUGAGAUAUUAUCUUCAUCUUUGGAGGCUUUUAAGAAGAUUCAGCAAGAAAGAUCUGACAUGCUUGCAGCUAACGACGAAAAAGCUUUUUUGGCUGAGCCUUUAAGUCGUCAUCAUGUGCCUGGUAAUAAUGUGAGGAAAUUAGCAGGGAAAAGUGACGGUAAAGAUCCAAUUGUGAAAUCAAAGAAACAAAAUGGAUAUUCAGAUCCUUCUCAAGGUAGCUUGAGUGGUGAUAAGCGGUCUGUUGAAUCAGGCAGAUCCAAUAAAGUAAAUUCUUCUGUGAACAAUCGUGACCAUCCUUAUAACUCUUCUUCAUCUGAUAUCAACGUAUCUUUAUUGUCUUCUAGAGACAUUUCUGCUCUCUCUGGCGCUGGAAAAAGCAAAAGAGAAUCUGAAGCAGAAAAACUGCUUCAUAAGAAAGAGAGAAUAUCGGUAGAAAGUGCUGUUGAGAAAAACCUAAAAUUCAUGGAUCCACUGCAGAAACAGAUUCCUAUUGCAGAGAAAGAUAAGGAAAAGAGAUGUUCUACUUCAUGGAAAUCAAUGUAUGCAUGGAAGGAGAAGAGGAACUGGGAGGACAUACUUUCAUCACCUUUCCGUGUCUCAUCUCGCGCGUCACAUUCUCCAGGUUUGAGCAGAAGAAGUGCUGAGCGCACACGCAUUUUGCAUGAUAAACUAAUGUCACCUGAGAAAAAGAAGAAAACUGCUUUGGAUCUAAAAAAAGAAGCUGAAGAAAAACAUGCACGGGCUACGAGAAUCAGAAAUGAGUUGGAGAAUGAAAGAGUUCAAAAGCUUCAGCGAACUUCUGAAAAAUUGAAUCGAGUAAAUGAAUGGCAGGCUGUGCGCACUACGAGGUUACGAGAGGGAAUGUAUGCACGGCAACAGCGCAGUGAAUCCCGACAUGAAGCUUUUUUAGCCCAAGUCGUGAGGAGAGCUGGUGAUGAAAGCAGUAAAGUUAAUGAGGUUCGCUUCAUUACUUCUUUGAAUGGCGAAAAUAAGAAGCUUAUGUUGCGUCAGAAACUUCAGGAUUCUGAGUUGAGGAGAGCUGAAAAACUUCAAGUGAUAAAAAUUAAACAGAGAGAAGAUAUGGCUAGAGAAGAAGCUGUUUUGGAAAGAAGAAAACUCAUUGAAGCGGAAAAGUUACAGCGGCUUGCUGAGACGCAGAGGAAAAAGGAAGAGGCUCAAGUCAGGAGAGAAGAAGAACGCAAAGCAUCAAGUGCGGCACGUGAAGCAAGAGCCAUUGAGCAGCUUCGGCGGCGGGAGGAGCGAGCCAAGGCCCAGCAAGAGGAAGCUGAACUAUUGGCUCAAAAACUAGCUGAGAGACUUAGUGAGAGUGAACAGCGUCGCAAGUUUUACUUGGAACAAAUACGAGAGAGGGCAUCUAUGGAUUUCAGGGAUCAGUCCUCACCUUUAAUCCGCCGUUCUAUAAUCAAGGAUUUUCAAGGCCGGUCAACGCCAACUAACAAUGGCGAAGGGUACCAAGAAAACAGUGUAGCAGGUACAGGAGGCUCUACUCUUGCCCCAGGAAAUGGCACUUUGCAACACUCUCUGAAACGGAGAAUUAAGAAGAUUCGGCAAAGACUUAUGGCUCUAAAGUAUGAAUAUUCUGAGCCUUUAGCUAGCUCUGAGAAUGGUGGUAUUGGUUAUAGAACUGCAGUGGCAACUGCAAGAGCAAAACUGGGAAGGUGGCUUCAAGAACUUCAAAGAUUACGACAGGCAAGAAAAGAAGGAGCCGCAAGCAUUGGUUUAAUAGCAGCGGACAUCAUCAAGUUUUUGGAGGGAAAAGACCUUGAGCUGCAGGCUUCUCGACAGGCUGGUUUGCUUGACUUUAUUGCUUCUGCACUUCCUGCUUCUCAUACAUCAAAACCUGAAGCUUGCCAAGUUACAAUACACCUUUUAAAGCUUCUGAGAGUAGUACUAUCUUUGCCCACAAAUCGCAGUUAUUUUCUAGCACAAAAUCUUUUACCCCCUAUCAUCCCUAUGCUGUCUGCAUCCCUUGAGAACUAUAUAAAAAUGGCUGCAUCUUUGAAUGUUCCUGGGACCUCCAACUUGCCGUCCAGCAAAACAUCCGCUGAAAACUUUGAACCAAUAUCUGAUGUGCUGGAUAAUUUCUUAUGGAUUGUCGGAACUGUUAUGGGUCAUAGAAGUUCUGAUGAGCGGGAACUUCAAAUGCUUGAUGGAUUGCUGGAGCUAUUGACUGCUUACCAGGUUAUUCAUAGGUUGCGAGAUCUUUUUGCACUCUAUGAUAGGCCUCAGGUGGAAGGAUCACCCUUUCCUUCUUCCAUUCUUUUAAGUAUACAUCUUUUGGUGGUUUUAACAUACAGACCCAAAACCACCAAUUGCAUUGAUUGGGAUUUAUCUCCAGCGGGAACAGCAUUUGAAUUUGAAAAUAAAAUGUCCAAACCGGCAGAUACUGCGCCUGUUGUGCUCGACUCAGCAAAUUUGACUUCUGAAGAUUCCCGACCUCCAUUGUCUGUAUUAAAUGGUAGUGAACCUGUUACGCCUCCAGAUGUAUUAGAGGAUAGACAGAAUGAAUCAUGUAAUUUAAAUAGAAGUGACGAAUUAUUAUUUAAUUGCAAAGAUGGUGAAAGGAAUCCAACUUGCUGUUCAGAAGAGUUGAAUGAUUCUAACGUUAGACUGAGAGAUGUUCCGGACAGAACUCGAGAAAUUCUGGUUGAGGAGAAGGAUGAUAAACACAUGGUCAAUGUUAUUGUAGAUCAGAAGAGUGAUAACAUGUUGAGUCCGAAACAACCAGUAGCCUUUCUUCUUUCAGCCAUUUCUGAAACUGGACUAGUUAGUCUUCCCUCUCUGUUGACAUCUGUGCUACUGCAGGCAAACAAUAGAUUGUCUAUUGAGCAGGGUUCUUAUAUCCUUCCAUCUAAUUUUGAAGAGGUUGCAACUGGGGUGCUGAAGGUUUUGAACAAUUUAGCUCUUUUGGAUAUUAUAUUUAUGCAGAGAAUGCUAGCCAGGCCAGACUUGAAAAUGGAAUUUUUCCAUUUGAUGAGUUUUCUUCUUUCUCAUUGCACUAGCAAAUGGAAAGUGGCCAGCGACCAGGUUGGGUUACUUCUGCUCGAGUCGCUUUUGCUUCUUGGCUAUUUUGCUUUGUUCCACCGUGAAAAUCAAGCAGUCCUACGGUGGGGAAAGAGUCCUACCAUACUUCACAAGGUAUGCGAUCUGCCAUUUGUUUUCUUCAGUGAUCCGGAGCUGAUGCCGAUUUUGAGCGGCACGCUAGUUGCUGCCUGCUACGGGUGUGAGCAGAACAAAUCUGUGGUUUUGCAAGAGUUAAGUAUGGAUAUGCUGCUUUCUUUGUUAACAUCUUGUAGAAAUGUUCCGCUGGAAAAUUCGUUAUUCGAGGAUUCUGGAGAAAAUAAUCAGCAGAAUUCUGAACAUAGAAAAAUUCACGGAGAAGCUGCCUUAAGAUCCGGCCGUUACACUGCCAAAAGCACGAGGGUUGCUUCGGGAAAAGGUUGUGCUUUAGUAAAUGGUAUCAGAGGUGGCAAGACGAAAAGCCAAAGAGAUUGCAAAACAACAAAAUAUAAUGAAGAUUCUCUGAAACAUAAUCCGGUGGCUCCUGAAGCUUCUGUUAUGCUGCAUUGUAGAUUCCCAAGUAGUUUUAUUGACAGAGCAGAGCGGUUCUUUUCAGCAGGAAUAAAUGGGGGUGAAGUUUGAUUCAAUCAUAACACUUUAACAAAUGCUAUAUGGCAUACACAUCAAAUUUCUGUAGGCAAAUAAUCACCAUAAGUGCCCUGGACGAUUUUUGUCCGAACUGCGGCCGAAUGAUUAGCAGACACCUGACAUAUGCAAUAAGUUACUUAUUAUCUAAUGAUCUGACUUCUGAUGCAUUCCAACUGCGGUACUAACGGAAGGUGCAAUGGAGAUGACUGGAAUAUGGUAGCUGGUACACACGGGAAUUCUCAUCACUCUGUAAAGUUAUAAGAGAUUAACUAGCUUCUGCGCUUUUUAAGCUGCAUCUUGUUUGAAACUGAAAUCAGAGGCUAGUUGAUGUAUGUUAUAAAAUUGUAUGAUAUGACAAGCUUCUUUAUUUAAA